AUGGUGCGAACAAUCCGUACUGAGAUCAUCAUCGAUGCAUCCAUCGGCAGCGUCUGGAAGGUAGUCAGCGACCUGCGAACGUGGGGCGAGUGGAACGCGUGGACCAAGUUUGAAGACGUCGAUGAGAACCCGGCCGGGACGGAUGCGAGGCUUCUCGCGUCCUUCGACGGCGACGGCACCUGGAAAGAAUACGCGUGCCAGAUUCUGGCCGUGGAUCACGACCGCCACUUCCUAAAUUGGGCCGGCGGCGUCCCUUGCGGCCUCUUCCACGGCAACCAUUGGAUCAUUUUGACCCCCGAAUCGGAGACGAGGACACGUAUGGAGCACUAUGAGGACUUCACCGGCCUCCUCCCUGCUCUGAAUCUCGGGAUGCCUUUCGCAAAGGUCGCGAGGAACUACGUGUACAUCAACGAGGCAGUCAAGCGAGUCGUCGAGGCCCGCGCCCCAGACUAA